UUCAGUAAGCCAGGGAAAAGUUUGCGAAAUCGUCUGGAAAGCAUUAGUGAGAGAGGUGCUCGUCGUAUAAAGUAACCUGAAUCCAUUUCUGGGAAGAAUUGUAAACAGGAGCAAAUAUUUAACAAAACGGGCAAAAGUCAUGAAACAAGAAAUUAAAAUUCAAAUCACGUUUGCAUUUUUAUGUUGGUCGGUUGUCAUUUCCAGUACGGACAUGGUUCCUCCGGGCUACAAAGUCACAGUUUUACAUGGUAAUCAUCGAAAGCAUUAUGCAGUGCUAACAGAAGAUGGGAAAGAAUGCAAGUUCCCGUUUCGAUACGGUGGGAGUGUUUAUCACAGCUGCAUUUCAAAUGUCUUCUCACAGAAACGAUGGUGUGCUACUACACAUAACUUUGACCGAGAUCGCCAGUGGGGUUAUUGUGGCGCUGUAGCUGAAAACAUACAUGAUUUCUGUGAAAAGAACCCAUGUCGAAAUGGUGGCUUCUGCACCAGCAUCCCACAUUUAAACUCAUUUAAAUGCAUCUGCAAAGAAGAAUUUACUGGAAAGACCUGUAACCAGGUGAAAUGCUAUGACCAGACGCAUCUCAGGUACUACAACAUUGGAGAAACUUGGGGGAGAAUACACACUGGCAAAGUGGAGCAAUGCACCUGCACCAACAGCCUGAUUGUGUGCCAGGCUGUAAAAUAUACAGCAUGCAUCACCAACCCUUGCCAACAUGAAGGAACAUGCAGACUGAUUGUUUCCACCGGCGAGCCGGUCUGUUUCUGUAGACCAGGGUUCGCUGGACCACACUGCAGCCUUACCCCGGAGGCAGACUGCUAUCAAAACACUGGCACAGAUUAUAGAGGCGUUGCCCAGAUCACUAUCUCAGGCAGUACCUGCUUACCCUGGAAUUCAGACAUCCUGCACGAAGAGCUUCACGUGGAGAGUGUGAAAAAACGCCAUAUGCUGGGUUUAGGAGCACAUGCAUUCUGCAGGAACCCAGAUGAAGAUGAGAUGCCCUGGUGUUACGUAAUGAAGGAAACAGAGAUUUCCUGGGAGUACUGCGACAUUCAACCCUGUGUCAAAAGUCUUCAACUUUUCGUUUUACCAGAUAUGGUAAUAGACAGGGAUCCAAUCAUGUCAGCUGUUCCAAAGCCUAAGCCUGCCCGAGCCUGUGGGAAGAGACACAAGAAAAGAAUUCCGAGGGGAAGGAUCAUCGGAGGGAGUUCGGCUUUGCCUGGCUUUCACCCCUGGCUGGCAGCCAUAUACAUUGGCCCCACCUUCUGUUCAGGGACCCUGAUCAGGCCUUGUUGGGUGGUCUCCGCAGCCCACUGCUUUGCCAGCAACCCUCUGAAGUCCAGUGUUGGAAUUGUUUUGGGUCAGCAUUACUUCAACGACACAGGCGGGAAUGCUAUGUCAUUUGAAAUUGAAAAAUAUGUCUUUUAUGAUCAAUAUUCAGUAUUUAAUCCCACUCAGCAUGAUAUUGUUCUGAUUAAGCUGAAGAAGAAAAACAAGGAUUGUGCUAGACGGUCCCAAUUUAUACAACCUUUGUGCUUGCCAGAAAACAACCUUACCUUUCCAGACCAUCACUACUGUCACAUUGCCGGCUGGGGACACACUGAUGAGCAGAAAGGGAUAAAUUAUGAAAAUCAUUUACAGGAAACAGUAGUUCCCCUCGUGCCUUUUGAACAGUGCAGUAGCCCAGAAGUGUAUGGCACAGAAGUCACUUCAACUAUGUUGUGUGCAGGAUACCUUACAGACUGUAGGAGAGACGCUUGCCAGGGAGAUUCAGGAGGCCCUCUGGCCUGUGAACGGGAUGGCAUCUCAUACCUGUAUGGCAUCAUCAGCUGGGGAGAUGGCUGUGGCAGAACAAACAAGCCUGGAGUCUACACAAAGGUUUCCAGCUACGUGGACUGGAUCAACAGCAUCAUAAAACCAAAAGCACAACCCUGAAUCACCUUGACCAGGUUUUGCAGUAAUUGCUGUGUAAACUUUUGCUACCCAUAGCUACAGAAAAGAAAAAUAAGGAAAAGUAUAGAGAGGUAUUCAUUGCAGGAGUACUUUAUUGCUUUUCCUAAAGGGUAAAGUUGACACAUAAUAAAGAGAAUGCUGAGUGGAAUUCACUGGUAAAGAAAAAGCUGCUGUGUUCAGUAUCUAAACAUGUAUGAACAAUUUAUGCUACAUUUUUUGUAUUCAAUAAUAGUGCAUUAUGAAAUUAUAUGAGUGCAUUUUUACUUAACUGUAUGUCAAUUCAUUGUGACUUGAUGCUAAAUAAAGAUUUAAAUUGAAUAAUGUUCAAUAUGUUUACAACAGAGGGAAUUCAAUAGACCAUGCAUUAAUACGUUCAAAAGUAUAUUCGAAUACUUAACAAUGAUUAAAAGUUAUUUGCCAGAAAGCAUCAUUUAAUCACAAGGAGUUCCUAUAUCAUAGAACACUACAGUGAUCAUUGUGUAAGGGUUGUGGUCACAGUUUAAAAAGUUAAUAUUUCAUACUUUCUGUUAUGUAUUAUAUGUUGAACUCUCAGUGCUUUAUCAAUCAUUGAUGUGCUUUCGUU